GAGUGUUACGUGAAACGACGGGAAACGGGCUCGUUCCGCAAAAGUUCGGAACUCGUCGAGGCCGCAUAAUUUUUCAUUUCCCUUACUUUGGGCCAGGGUGGUGCGAAUUUGCGCAUUGAGAGAGAGAGAGAGAGAGAGAGAGAGACCUUUUCUGUUGACGAAACCUCAUCUCCCCCUUUUCCAUUCAGGGCUUGGACAGACGGGGACGGUGACAGGGGAGGAGAUGCGGUCUAUGUGUUCUCCUCCUCGCCGUCAUUUCGGUCAUUGAAGCCACCCGCCCUGGUGUCUCCUGUACUCUUGUUGAUCUUGGUCCCAUACUCCCCACGGUUGGACGGAUCUGAUCUCUCGUUCUCUCUCUCUCUCUCUCAAGCAAGACAAGAGACUAAUAACAGAGGGGCUUCUCUCGGCUGUGGUUGCGGGACAUGGGGGAUUUCAAUCUCAUACUUGUCAUCGUUGCGGCGGUUGUUUGCGUGAUUGUAUUCUGCUUCAAUAUCUACCUUCUCGUCUCCUAUCAACACCCUGAUGAUGUCAACCAGGCCUACUUUCCCAAGAUCGUGGUGGUCCUCGGCCUAACGAUCGCCGGCAUCUCCAUCCUCAUGCUCCCCGCCGAUGUCGCCAAUCGGCAAGCCUGUCGGCACGCCAUCUACAAUGGAGCUUGCAAUCUCACGCUCCCCAUGAGGGAUCUGUGGCUCGCAAUCUACAUCGUCGACGCUGUGCUUGUUUUCUUUGUCAUCCCCUUCGCCAUGUUCUACUACGAAGGGGAUCAGGAUAAGACCGUCGGUAAAAGGAUCCUGAGCGCGAUGAUGUGGGUCGUCGCCACCGCUAUCGUAUGUGGUCUUGUCCUUGGCAUUCUUUAUGGACUUGUUGGCAAGGUUGAUUUCACCGUGAGGCAUCUUUCUUCAAAUACAUCUUCAUUCCCUUCAAGUUGGACCGAUUUUACUAAAUCUCAACCAUGCAUUGGGGCAUCAACUAAUAGCAUUCAUCAGUGUGCUGCCUAUUCUGCCAGUGCCUCCUCCGGAACAACUUGGACAAUGCAAACUACAUUCCCAGAAUAUGUCGUGGCUCUUGCAACUAUCGUUGGAUCAGUAUUGUUCUCUAUAUUUGGAGGCGUUGGAAUUGCUUGCUUGCCCCUGGGUCUGAUAUUUUCAUUCAUUCGGCGUCCAAAAGCUGUCAUUACUCGCUCACAAUAUAUAAAGGAGGCAACUGAAAUAGGAAAAAAAGCAAGGGAGUUGAAAAAAGCAGCAGAUUCACUUCAUCAGGAAGAAAGAAGUGGUUCGAAGGGCAGGAAAUGGCGCAAAAAUGUGAAGACAGUUGAGAAGGAGUUAUUACUUCUAGAAGAGGAUAUGAAAGCAUUGGAAGAGAUGUACCCUCAAGGAGAAAAGGCGGAAACUGACUGGGCACUGACAGUUAUUGGGUACUUGGCAAAACUUGUUUUAGGAAUUCUUGGGUUGGUUGUUUCAGUCUUAUGGAUUGUGCAUAUCGUGAUAUAUUUGUUGAUUGAUCCACCGCUUUCAUCCUUCCUUAAUGAGGUUUUUGUCAAAUUAGACAAUAUUUGGGGACUUUUUGGGACUGUAGCUUUUGCAUUCUUCUGCUUCUACUUGCUAGUUGCUGUGAUUGCAGGGGCAAUGAUGCUUGGUUUAAGAUUGGUUUUCAUCACGAUUCAUCCCAUGAAGUGGGGUGCAACACUGAUGAAUUCAUUUCUUUUCAAUGUGGGGUUGAUUCUUCUAUGUUCCAUCAGUGUUAUCCAGUUUUGCUCUACCGCAUUUGCUUACUAUGCACAAGCAACUGCUGCUCAAGAAAUUUUUGGGCACACAUUGGAGUCUCUUCGUGGUAUCAAAUAUCUGUACAGGUAUAAUGUAUUCCAAAUUGCAUUUGUCGUGCUAGCCGGUCUGACAUUUGUGUUUUAUGCAGCAUUUGGAUGGAGAAAGAGGAAAGCUAGUGGUAGGCUACAACUUUCGUCUUGAAACUUUUUUGUGACUAGAUCAUCCCUUGGUAUCGUUCUACAUUUGUUUCCGCUGUUAUUCAUCUGGGAAAUUUGAAUGAGGGGGACAUGUUUUGGGAUCUCUGCUGGACGAAGAUUUGUGGGAUCUGAUUGUGAUGUCUGUUCUGUCAUGCGAGAUGCAAUGGCUGUGAAUACUCUUCAAUUAUUCAUGACAGGGAAAAUCCAUUCAUUGGAAUUAGAUGUUGGUGCUUGUGACAUAUGCAGAGGAUGUCCUGUGCGACCCUGUUUCAUGUGUGUGUAUCUUGUGUAUUCUCUUGAAGUUGGUUCAAAUAUGUCACUAGUCGAAGACAAAUUGUGUGAAUACAUAUAGAGUAUAUCUCGCUUUCAUGUAUUGCAGACUUUGAGUUGUACUUA